UCUUCCCGUGAUGCAAGGAAAACGAGCAGGACACGCCGCGCAGUCUUUUAACUGCGCGUUUAAACGAAGCAGCAAUUAAGCGCGCGGUUUAGUGAUGCCUGCUGAUGAAAUGCACAGAUGCUGACGGAUGGACGGUUGUAGAUGCAGCGGUUGCAGCGGCGCUGACUCGGGAUGCUUGGUCAUGAAAUGAUACGAGGCCCGCUCGGUUGUGAGAACACCAACUUGUUUCCUGCGCUAUAACGUGAGACGGACAGUGAGAGAGCGAGAGAGAAAGAGAGAGCGAGAGAGAGAGAGAGAAAGAGAGAGAGAGAGAGAGAGGAGGGGGCGCGAGCGUUCGUUCGCCGCUGUUGCUCGGGGCUCGCGGAAGAACCGAUCACAUGGAUUCCAAGGUUCCAUUUUUCAACGGCGCUUCGAUCUGAGCGCGCGCUGACAGCCCCGGUGACCGGCGCAUCCAUCAGAGCCGCGCGAGGGAAAGAGGCAUCACUUCGCCGGUUCCAUCGAUCUGCCGGAACUGGGCAGGCACCGGACUCGGUCCGUGUGUGCGCACGAGUGAGGAGGGCGAAAGCGGCCCUGGGGUAUUUCUGCCACCGAGGAGCAGCCAGCUGCACGCUUAACGGAGAGGAAACCGAUCCGGCUGGAAUAUUUGGCGUUGCCGAAAAUCAUUUAGGAGGAAAGCAUUCCUCAUUUGCUCAAAUCACAGGCGGCGUGUGGAACCAAAGACAGCCCAGUGCUGGAUUCCCGAAGGACAGCUAGAGAUCACAGACCCUUGAGGUGAAAGAGGGUGCAUGGAUCGCUCAAGGACAAAGACUUCUGCCUACCUCUGGUUGGGCGUGGUUUCCGUGGCAUCAACCUUCCUCUGCGCAGAGGCGGGAGUCACGCCGAGCCCGCCCCUCUCCAAUAACAUCACAUGCGUCGGAGAGACGGGUCGAUGCCAGCCUGGCAUCAUCUUACCCAUUUGGUACCCCGAGGACCCUUCCAUGGGCGAUAAGAUCGCCAGGGUCAUUGUGUACUUCGUGGCAAUGAUCUACAUGUUCCUGGGGGUGUCGAUUAUUGCGGAUCGCUUCAUGGCGGCCAUUGAAGUCAUCACUUCCCAGGAAAAGGAAAUCAUCAUCAAGCGUCCAAAUGGUGAGACGACAACAACGACAAUCCGAGUGUGGAACGAGACCGUAUCCAACCUCACGCUAAUGGCGUUGGGCUCCUCCACCCCUGAGAUCCUUCUCUCUGUUAUUGAGAUUUGUGGGCAUGAGUUCCACGCCGGAGAACUUGGCCCAUCCACCAUCGUAGGCAGUGCUGCCUUCAACAUGUUUGUAAUCAUUGGCCUGUGCGUGUCAGUUAUCCCAGAAGGGGAGGUCCGGAAGGUAAAACACCUGCGUGUGUUUUUCGUAACAGCCGCAUGGAGCAUGUUUGCCUACGUCUGGCUGUACAUGAUCCUGGCUGUCUUUUCGCCCAAUGUCGUCCAAGUAUGGGAAGGGCUUCUCACCUUGGCGUUCUUCCCCAUCUGUGUCAUCCUUGCUUGGGUGGCCGACCGCCGCCUGCUCUUCUACAAGUUUAUGCACAAGAAAUAUCGCGCGGACAAGCAUCGAGGUGUCAUCAUCGAGACAGAGGGUGAGCGUUCCAAAGGGAUAGAAAUGGAUGGAAAGAUGAUGAAUUCUCAUUUUGUCGAUGGCGGAGCUGCUAGUAAUUUAAUGGGCCUUAUUGAGGGGAAAGAGGUGGAUGAGUCUCGCAGAGAUAUGAUCCGUAUCCUGAAAGACCUGAAGCAGAAACACCCGGAGAAGGAGCUGGACCAGCUGGUGGAGAUGGCUAACUACUAUGCACUGUCACACCAACAGAAGAGCAGAGCAUUUUAUCGGAUCCAAGCCACGAGGAUGAUGACCGGUGCUGGGAACAUCCUCAAGAAGCAUGUGGCCGAGCAGGCCAAACGCAGUGCUAGCGUACAAGAAGUUCACGUAGAAGAACCCGAGGAGUAUGUGUCCCGCAUCAUGUUCGAACCUGCCAUUUACCAGUGUCUGGAGAACUGUGGCGCCGUUCUCCUCACAAUAGUUCGCAAAGGCGGUGACAUUGCUAAGACAAUCUAUGUGGAUUAUAAAACGGAAGAUGGCUCGGCGAAUGCCGGCGCGGACUACGAGUUCACCGAGGGCACGGUGGUGUUCAAACCUGGUGAGGUUGUGAAGGAGAUCACUGUCGGCAUCAUCGAUGACGACAUCUUUGAAGAGGAUGAGCAUUUCUUUGUGCGGCUCAGCAACGUGCGUGUUCUGGAGACUGAGGAUGAGGUGCUAUCGCCCAGUAGCUUGCCGUACCCGAAGGCCUUGAUAGGAUUCCCUGCUGUUGCCACUAUAACCAUCCUCGACGACGACCACGCAGGCAUCUUCACUUUUGAAAGCGAGUCCAUGCACGUGAGUGAGAGUGUAGGCAUCAUGGAAGUGAAAGUGCUGCGGACGUCAGGGGCGAGAGGGACAGUCAUCAUUCCAUUCCGAACGGUGGAAGGACUUGCUAAGGGCGGUGGAGAGGACUUCGAGGAUGCGUAUGGAGAGCUAGAGUUCAAAAACGACGAGACCUGUAAAACCAUACAGGUCAAAAUCAUUGAUGAUGAGGAGUACGAAAAAAACAAAAACUUCUAUCUGGAGCUAGCAGAACCACGCAUGGUGGACAUGAGCCUUCAGAAAGCUCUGUUAUUAGCUGAUGAUAUUCCAGACAGGAAGUUGUCAUCAGAAGAGGAGGAAGCCAGAAGAAUAGCAGAGAUGGGAAAGCCUGUGUUGGGAGAGCAUGCAAAAAUAGAGAUUAUCAUUGAGGAGUCAUAUGAGUUUAAGAGUACAGUAGAUAAGCUGAUUAAGAAGACUAACUUGGCUCUGGUCGUGGGCACAAAUUCCUGGAGAGAACAAUUCAUGGAGGCCAUAACUGUCAGUGCAGGAGAUGAGGACGAGGAUGAGGGGGGAGAGGAACGUCUGCCAUCUUGUUUCGACUAUGUCAUGCACUUCCUGACUGUGUUCUGGAAGGUUCUGUUCGCGUGCGUCCCACCCACGGAAUAUUGGAACGGGUGGGCGUGUUUCAUUGUUUCCAUAGUGAUCAUCGGCCUUUUGACUGCUGUGAUCGGUGAUCUGGCCAGUCACUUCGGCUGCACCAUUGGCCUAAAGGACUCUGUCACUGCUGUGGUGUUUGUUGCCCUGGGAACAUCCAUCCCUGAUACCUUUGCCAGUAAAGUUGCCGCGGUGCAGGACAGUUACGCAGACGCAUCUAUCGGUAACGUGACCGGUAGCAACGCAGUGAACGUUUUCUUGGGAAUCGGUGUGGCGUGGUCAGUGGCCGCCAUCUACUGGCACAUGCAGGGUCGUGCGUUCGAGGUGCAGGCAGGUUCCCUGGCGUUUUCUGUCACUCUCUUCACCAUCUUUGCCUUCCUGGCGGUGAGCGUCCUGCUGUACCGGCGCAGGCCUCACAUCGGUGGAGAGCUGGGCGGCCCCCGCACACAGCGCAUCUUCACGACACUCUUUUUCUUCGGCCUCUGGUUUCUCUACAUCCUUUUCUCCAGUCUUGAGGCUUACUGUCAUAUACAGGGCUUCUGAAGAGAGGAGAUGGGGUGGGAUGGGAUGGGGCAGGGGUUGGAGAUCAGGAGAGAUAGAUGCCAGGAAACUUCUUCUAGUCGUAAAUGACAGAGUAAGAGCUAAGGAUUGAUUUGAAAAGGUCGCUAAGGUUUUAAGCAGGAGCUACAAAAAGGACAUCGGUUCUUCAGAUACCUUCACGCCGAAGGUGAAGAGUGCGAAGCAUCUCUCUGAGGGGUGGGACAGUCUUAACCUGGAGUCUGAGCUUUUCACAGUCUAUAUUUUUCUCAACACCUGCUGAGAACGACUUUUUUCUAAUGAAGUAUUUUGGGAAAAAAAAUACACAAAAAAUAACAAAAAGAAUUAAAUGAUUCAAAGGACUAUUUUCAAAUCUGCUUCCAGGAUUAGAAAUAAUAUUUCAACAAAAAAAUGAAAAUAUAUAACUACAUGAAAUCUGUUAUUGAGUGACAUUUGAAGGACCCAUAAAGUUAUUUAUUUUUUUGUUUUUUUCCUCGUUUAGUUUGGUAAGAACUCACAGAGCUUACAGCUUUUAACGUCAGGCCAAAGUCCCGGCUAGGGAAAGUGGCUCGGAAACGUGAAUGCUGAGUAGACAAACGGAGAAGAGAGACGAAUAUGAACAAUGGCUGAACACUGCAUUUUCUCCCUGAUAUUCCUGUAUGGAUAUAAUCUGCUUCCAUAUUUUUUCUGUAUUUUUGUGUAUUUCCUUGCCAAGUGUUGUUAUUUCGAGAAUCACAGAGGCUUCGGAGGUUUGCGGAAGAACAGAAUGCAAAAAAAAAAAAAAAAAAAACAACAAAAAACAUGAUACAGAGGGAAAAUGAGGCCUUUUUGCAUUUGAACAUUCAUCAAAACAAAUCACUAGUGUAUUUUCUGAUAACACCGUGGAGGAGAGCGCACUGCGUCUGCUAUUACAGUUGUUGUUGGGUUUUUUUUUUAUCUGUUUGUAUUUCAGUCUUUCAGUGUCGUUGAACAAACAUAAAGAACCCCAAAGAAAUCUCCCACCCCCACUUCACCCCAGAGAGUCCCCUCUAUAUAGACUCACGAGACUAUUUAACCAGGAGCUCCUUAAGUGCGCAUCUAAACAGUGUCUGAAGUGUCAGUGAUGUCGAUGGUCAAUUCUAAGUAGUUAUUGGGGCCUUUAAUGUGGUUCAUAAUGUUUACAGGCCUACGGUCCAGAAAAGAGUGAGAACGGUGCAGUACAAACGGAUUCGUUUAACAUAUUGAGGAGAGGGGGUUUUUUGCAUUUCAGGGAGAAGUAUAGAAAUUUUAGACAAAGCUGCGUAAAUAGUUCACCUAAAAUUGAACAUUUGCUGAAAAUGUCCAUGAGUUUGUUUCUUCAUCAGAAAUAUAGCAUUACUUCACCUGCUCUCCAAUGCAGUGAAUGGGUGACGUUAAAAUGAGAGUCCAAUCAUGAUCCACAUGACAUUAAUUCUUGUCUAUAAGGAUCUAAUCUAUAAGGCUUCAUGCUGUGAAGAAGUCCACCUUUUACUGUUUAGGACUGUUUUCUAUCUAUUUCUAUAUUGCUUGAUUAGUGAUCUGAUUCAAAAUAUAUGACUUUUUACUUGAGAAAGCAGUAUCAUUGAUAGAAGGCUUGUAUUUCCCAACAGCUAACAGUUUGAAAAAAAAAGUUAACAUUUGUUAUCAGCUGUGUGAGCUUACAUUUUGGCGGCACCCAUUUACUGCAGAGUAUCCAUUGGUUAGCAAUUGAUGUAAGAAACUAAAUUUCUCAGAAUCUGUUCUGAUGAAAAAACAAAGUCAUUUUGAAGGGCGAGUACAUUUUCAGCAAUUUCUCCUUUUUUAAAAGCGGUCAUUAAUUUGUUUGUUUUUUGUGCCUAUUUUUGCUGUAAUGAGCGGAAAAAUAAUGAUGUGGGUGUUGUUUCUGUAUUGUUUGGGGAAGUGAUGUUAUAAAGAAUUGUUUAGGAUGGCCAAUUAGAGCCCAGAACCAAAGAACAGAACCUCAGACUGCCACCCAGAAGCUGCAGUGGUUCUCUGGGCCACAGGGGGGGCCACAGCCCUGUUCCACCUCUGUUUGUUUGUACAACUCUUGCAUUUUGUGUGAGUGAGUGUGCGUAUGUUGAUGUUUUUUCGUGUUUGCUCAUUACAAAUACAGGCCAAAUCAGUUGUGUCCAGGACACCAGUGUUGGGAUCACAGCAUCUGCAACAGACAUGUUUAUUUUUUAUUAUGUUUACAUUCAUAUAUAGCUGUGUAUGUGUUGCUUGUGAGUGAGAGCAGUUGAAAACGCACGUAAUCUCUGAAAAUCUCUCCAUUCAAAUCGCAAAUGUAACUGCUGGCAUCGCUUCAGCCUGCUCUGUGCUUCCUACUCAGUGGCUACUCAGUACAUAAUCGAUGUGCUUUAGCUUUACAGUACAAGAAUCACGCAGAAAUCACCACAAUUCGUACUGAACCUUCACCAGUGCUCUUUAUGACUCAUACGGGCUCGUGUUAAUGAGUUUUUAGUGUUUUAUGUUUGUACAGAAAGGCAGGAGUGUGUGUUAGCUUAUCUACACAACAGACAUGUUCUUUAUCCACACACACUGAUUUUGUGAGCAUGUACUGCCUACAUAGACAGCAUCAUAUACUUCUAAUAUAUGCAACUAAUUAUGCAGCUUUCUAUGAUGCCUUACUUUGGACAUAUUUUAGGCAGCAUUGCUUGUAUUCUCUUAUUGUCCAAAAAGGAUUGUUAAAAAUAGUUCGGUCUAAUUAAAAAUAGAUUUUAUUGUUUUUGCAUAGGUGAUUUAUAUUACCUGAUAUGUACACUACCGGUCAAAUAAGUCAGUUUGUUUUUUAUAUAAAUUAACACUAUUUUUUUUUCACCAUUAAAUUGAUCAGAAGUGACAGUAAAGACCAAUUAUAAUGUUAAGCAUUAUAUUUUAUAACAUUGUAUACCUCUAGAUUUAAAAUUUCUAUUCAUUAAAGAAUCUUAAAAAACAUUUAUUAUGGUUUCCACAAAAAUAUUAAGUUCCACAACUGUUCACAACAUUGAUCAUAUUAAGAAAUCAUCAUAUUAGAAAGAUUUCUGAAGCAUUAUACUGGCGUAAUGGCUGCUGAAAAUUCAACUUUGCCAUCACAGAAAUAAAUAAAAAAUUUUAAAAAUGUAUUAAAUUAUGGAAAGUUAAUUUAAAUUGUAAUAAUGUUUUACAAUAUCCUGUCUUUACUGUAUUUUUGACCAAAUAAACACGAGCUGUCUAUUUUUAUGCAAUCACAUUGAUAUCUUAGCGGCAUGAUAAUUUACAUGAAACACUUGAGUUGCUGCCUGAUGUUCCCUGUGUAGGCAGUAGAAGCAAGGCAGCUCACUAAUUUGUGGAACACGGCCACCGACACAGCUGAUAUGCUGUUCUGGGCACCAGUAUUAGGCAUGAUAAAGUAAAAAAAAAAAAGUCAUUUACACUGUAUUGAGUUUGAACACUCUUUCAGCGUGUCGCUUGUUUUCUGCCAGCAUGUGUUGUUGAAUGUGUCUGGUGUCAGUCAGAGGGCAGCUAAAGCAGAUCACAGUAGAUCUUCACUACUUCUGUGCACAUGUGUGCAUGUGUAUCUUUGAGAUGGUUUGCGGUAAAGGUAGCAGUCUUAUAAACCUUAUUACCCAGUUUGGCUGACUCAGUUAACAGCAUUGGGCUCAAACGCAGAGUGUUUAGGGCUUUGAAUUGCUCUUCAUGUCUCAGCCUGGGUCAGAUCAAACACACACACAGACGCACCUAUGCACUCACACAUGCACACUUGAGUUAACUGAACACUGCUGAUGAUUGGAGAGGGUCGUUAUGAAUAUGCGGGUGGGCCUUCAUGUAGUAUCAUGGCAUGAAAGUCAGCUGCAACCACCAGCUUUGACCUUUUCUACUGCCAGCUUGCACUUCCAGCUGUUUAGAUGCAGGUGAACUGGUUUAAAAGAGAUUUCAGAUGAUGUCACUAUAACCUUGAAGUCACACAAGUCUUACAAAUGUAUCAGGGGUCUGAGUCUCUCUCUCUCUCACACAAACACACACACAAACACACUCCUCUUCAGCCUGGUGAUGAAGCAGAUGGUGGUUAUGUUCAUCUAUUGUUGUUUUCUUUCUUUUUUGUUUUGUUUUUUACUCUUCUCUCACAAACAAUAUCAUGUUUUAUUUUCAGGGAAUUAUGCAUGAAAUUUACCUUAAUUUAAUUAAUUUAUGUCCGCUGAUUUAUUUUGAAUUCUUUUGGUCAACAGAAAAAUAAAAAAAAUAUUUGAAAAAU